AACCCUCAAACGAUGCGAAUUAUGCCAUCCUUGUAAUGUGCAGGUUGUUACAGCGGAGCAGGACGUGAUUUGUGUCUGAUAUGAGUUUGGGCCUCGUAGUUCUCGGGGUCUCAGCGAAGGGGCGUGAUUCGGCAGAGGAGCCGUCACUCAUUGGUCAACGGGAAGCGUAAAGUUUGGUAGCACCGCUCCGCCUCCCGCAAACUGCCAGCCGCUGUGAGGUUAGCUAGCACAGCAAAUGUUAGUUGGAUGCACACAUUGAAUGAAAGUCAGUGGAGCAGGCUGUGGCCACCGUCAGUAUCUGAAUAACAGUAAAAUCUGCACUCAGAGGAGGUGUCUGAUAAUCAGUUCGAUUAUCGGCAGAGACAAGCGGACGCAGGCCGGGCUGAGGACAUCUGUGGACGGGGAAAGGACCGGGCUGUGUGUGGAGAUGCAGCGGGUCACGGCGCAGCUCGUCGUCGGGCUGGUCGCAGCGGUGAUGUCGCUCCUGGCGGUGCAGUGUCGGGCGGACGGCGGGGGCCCCAGCCUCGCUGAACGGGUUAUCUGGGCCGUAAAUGCCGGAGGUGAAGCACACGUAGACGUGCACGGUAUUCACUUCAAAAAGGACCCAUUGGAAGGGAAGGUUGGCAAAGCAUCUGAUUACGGGGUGCGUCUGCCAAUCCUGCGCUCCAGUCCAGAGGACCAGAUUCUGUAUCAGACGGAGCGCUACAACGAGGACACUUUUGGAUAUGAUAUUCCCAUUCGUGAGGAGGGAGACUAUAUACUGGUCAUGAAGUACGCAGAAGUUUACUUCGCCCAGUCACAGCAGAAGGUGUUUGACGUCCGUCUGAACGGCCACGUGGUGGUGAAGGACCUGGAUAUCUUUGACCGAGUGGGUCACAGCACCGCUCACGAUGAGAUCGUCCCCUUCUCUAUUAGACGUGGCAAGCUGAGCGUCCAAGGGGAGGUGUCCACUUUCAACGGCAAGCUCACCGUGGAGUUUGUAAAGGGUUACUAUGACAACCCCAAAAUCUGCGCUCUCUAUGUAAUGAAGGGGACACUGGAAGACGUGCCAAAGCUUCAGCCUCACCCUGGCCUGGAGAAGCAGGAGGAUGAGGAGGAAGAAGAGGAGGACAGCGAGGGAGGCGAGGAAGGCGGGAAGAAAAAGGCCCCAGCAGGUUCAAAGAACAGGGUCCAGUCGGGCCCCCGAACACCAAACCCGUACGCCGCCGACAACAGCAGCCUCAUGUUUCCCAUCCUCGUGGCGUUCGGGGUGUUCAUCCCCACGCUGUUCUGCCUCUGUCGGCUGUGAGUUCCACAGACGAGACUAUGAGGAGGAGGAGGAGGAGGAGGUCGAGGAGGAGAGAGCUCGGAGAAAAGCAUGACGACGACGACGUCGGAGGACAAUACAAAGACAAUAAGUUUUGGAGAGGAGGAGCUGCUGUCCGGUCGUACUGCUGAGGAGGUGCAGCAGGUGUGGGCUUCUUCGUGAAUGUGUUUCCGCCUCUGCUGACCCUUUGGACAAUGUUAGUCAUUUCCACUCAGAGACUGGAGCAGGAUUUCCACGCACCGGUUUUCACGGCUUGAAACCACAAUUCAGCAGGGACGCCGUGGACUGCCGGCGAGGAAACGCAGUCCUGCUCGGCGCCUGCUCUGGCGUCUUACCUUCAAAUCUGCUGAAACAGAACAGAAACCAGUCAGACAGUUUGCUGCCAUUUGUCCCGUUUUUGUGUCUUUCCACUUGGUGGAUCUCGGUGGGUCGCCGUGCCAUCGUCCACGUGCCAGUUGUCAAAAGAACAAAGUCGGAUGGCGUGUUUACCUUUGCAGGUUGUUCUCACAGAUGUGAUCCAUUAGAGUGAGGCUGUUGACCCCCAAACAGUUUAACUUCAGCUGCAGUUUAGGGGCUCCUGCUGUGAAAAGUCAGGGUCUUCACGUCGCUGCUUUUUCUGUCAUCUUUGCCUUUUUUUCUGUUCACGUCUGCCUUUUUGUUUCACCAAAGAAUGUCUUUUAUUUUGGUAGAGAAGAGGAAGAAGUCAGUGGCCGCCUGUCAGCUGGAAGAUUAACUAAACUCCUGUGAGGCCGCUGUGGCCAAUGGUUGAAACUGAGUCUGUUUCAGUAGCUUCACUCAUCAGUGUUUUAGAGGAUCAGAGGGUCAUCGGGUUUUAAAUUGCAAAACACACAUGCGGUUUUUAAAAUACAAAAAUAUAAAAUGUUUUUCUUUCAUGGUCAAAAAGGGAUGAGGCAAAUUUAAAAAAAAAAACCCAAUAUGCUUCCGUUUGUUCACACUGAGAACUCGACCCGUGACUCAGACCUGCCGGUCUUCUCAGAGUUAAACUUUUAUUUAAAAAUGUCCAGAUUUUCAGCUGAAUCCUGUUCAAGACGACGCUGAAUACAAACUUGUGAAAGUGAGACCUCGCAUCAGUCUGGAUAUGUAAAACCUUUGAGUCCGUCGUGCUCUUUGGCUGCUCCGAGCACCGUAACUGCGCGAAUAGACGCGCAUCAACAUCUGAGUGGCCGCGGCCAUAUUUGGAUAAUAGAUGAGCCGUUUAAAUCGUUUUGCAAGCAGAGAUGGUUGAAAGAGAAGAGCACGUUUUGACAUGUCAUUAGAUGAGCAGAUAACCGGCUGUUGUCAUGACAACAACGUCGCCUGCUCUCAGAAAGGGAGCUCAAACAGGCCAUUAGUGGUUUUAUUAGAUUUUUUUUUAAAUUCACUCACCCCUUUGUGACCAUGAAAACAUCGAAAUGUUUGUAUUUUAUUGUGAAAAGACGCCCUGUGGCUGUGGUCCGCGUGGACUGGACGGUUUGUCCGUGAAGCUGCUGUGUCCAGCUGCUGUAUGACGUGGCAAAGCGUCACACACGUCUCAUCCGCACGCCUCACCUGUCUGUUGUCUGAGACGACGACGUCCUUUUCCGCUGUCCGUCCGGACUGAGAGCAGCUUUGUUUGCGGAUCUCGUUUCCUCCCUGAAGUGCUCGGCUCUGCGGCCCCCCUUCUGCUUUAAAACGGUUCAUAAUUCAGGUGCUGUGGCUUCGUCCUCACUCCUCGAUUCUCCUCCCCAGACUGCAGAACGUGUUCAGUCAGCCUGCUGGGGGGGUUGUUGUUUUUCUUUUCUUCUUAAACUCAUAUUUAAGAGCGCAGACGGCUGGUUGGUUGACCUGAGCACCGCCGCCGGCGCGUUUUGUUCCUCCGCGUGUGUAUAUAAAAGGUACAAGAUGACACACUUUGAUCGUGUGAGUCUUCAUCACUUUGGUGUGAGCUGAGGGGCUUCUUUUGGAACUCCGCCCCUGGGGGAGACCUGGGCCUGGUCUCCUCCGGGGAGGAGCGCUUGUUGGUACAAAGUAAAUGCGAAGGUAAACCGGAUGUCAGGAGGUGAAAUAAACGUGUGAAAACGCGGGCUCUUCUGUUCUAAUUGAAGUCAGAGUCGGGGCUGAUCUGGACGUGUUUUGUGCUCGGAUGUUUAUGUUUGAAUUUUGUUUCCUCAGGAUCUGCUUUUUAAAACGUGCUGUUUUGUUGGUGUGACAUUUUGCACUGCCUCGUGUGUGUCUUUUUUUGUGUGUUUGUUGCCUUGAGUCACUGAGCCCAUCGUGCUUUGCCGUCGUCCGCCUGCAGCUCGCCGCCCCGCUGGCCUUCCGCUCGCCUCUUCUUCUUUAGUCUCUGUCCGGAGAGCCGAGUUUCGGUUUCCUCUCCUGUGAAUGAAGAUCUGAUCCGUGUUGUUCACAUGAGAACCAAAGAGUUGCUGUCAUUCCACCCAGAACCUUCAGCGCGGUGUGUUCAGCUGAGGCCGGCGCUUCUUUCGUUUCUCACCUGGUGGGCAAACCGUUCGUCACCACUAACCGUUCCCCCUCCAUGACGCCCAGCUCUCCCCGAGCCGUCUUUUUUAAUUGCUCUGUAAUUGAUGUAAAUUUGAGAUUUUCAGCACGUCGCUGUUAUUUUUUAUCUCCUUUUUUUUUGUUUGGUUCGCGAAGCAGCCGAACACGUGAGAUGAAUUUAAAGCGAGGCGCGUCUGAAGCGGAACGUCAGCACGUCGACGCGUACGCGCGCGGGACGAGCGGCUGCGCCUCUGAGGGCCGCAGGCAGCAGCAGGUGGACUGAGAGACGCUUCUCCUGAGCCCUCAUCUCACUCGGAUGUGUCUGCAGGAUGGGAAAUGCUGGUAAAUCUUUUUAAUAAAUGUGCUAUUUUAUCAGAA